AUGAGAAGAUCACUUUAUUCCUUGCCACCGCACGCACGCACGCUUGCUUCUACAAUGGUAGUCUUUAUAGCCUUCCUAUAGGCUAUAAACUAACCAAGAAUCGAUCUAUAAAGAAUAGAUAUGAGAUAUCGAGACCACACGAGUGCUUAUUAGUCUAUGGAUAUAUAAAUUAAUAAACAACAACAAAUCGUUUUUUUUUUCAAAAAAAAAAACAACAACAAAGCGUGACUGGUUUAAAGAAAAGUGGUAGCAAAUCAAGCUAUAAAGUUUCUACCAGUUUAAAUAUAAAUAUUCUAUUUAAUAUUAUAGGUUUCGAUUACUAUGAAAAAACAGAAUAGUAUUUUCAAAAAAAAAAUCAUGUGGUUCUAGUUUAUAAUUUAAAAUGUUGUUUAACAAGAAAAAUUGUGAAUUGUGACGAAACAGCCACAACAACACAAAUUUACAAAAUAAAUUGUAUUGUUGGUUUAUGUGUCAUCUAUCAGAAUCUCUCUUUUUCAUUUAGAAACAAAGUAAUAUUGGCAGUUUAUCGUAAACUGCAAAAUAAGAAUAAACCAAAAACUUACAAAGUGAACCAUAUUUUUCAGGGUAUGGUUAUCACCAUAUAGAAACAAAUAGUAGAAAUAUAGGUUGCAAAUGGCAUAAAAAAAACAAGUAAUCAUAUGUAGCACUUAAAUGCUUAAAUGCUCUGCUUGGUCCCCAUUCGUCGUACUUCUAUGCCUUACUCAGUUGUUCUGCUUUCAAUUGUAGAUAUGAUUCAUGAUGUUUGUGGGGCUCCACUUCUAUUUCAGCGAUUAGAUAUGGAAUCAGGAUGCUCUCUCUCGUCCUCCAUCUAGACAAUUUUUUACCUUACUGGUCAUCUCUUCUUCUCUGGUGAAGACUAUAUCUCUUUUCCGACCUGCCUCUCCAGCCAUACGGCCCUUCUUGUUCACUGCAUACAAGAUGUUUGAGCUUCAACGGUCUGGGAUCUCACCAAGAACACCCUCGUAGCUGCACAUACAUAUGAAUGCUUAGUCUUUCUAAGCUUGUUAGACUUCACUGACCAGUGGCUCGACGUUGGCUCUGUCAAAUCUCUCUGGCUCCACCAUGGUAUCCGGCAACAAUACUUUCUGAGAUCGUGCUAUCAACUAUCAAGAACUGAUCGGCCGACAUGUGUUUGUGGGGUUCCACGCUUAACAUGGCGACAUGAUGCGAGACAUCUCCAAAUGUUAGACUCAUAAGCAAAAGUCUUUUUCUUUGGCACAAUCUUUGGAGGAGUGAAAAUUUCCAUCAAAAUCUCUCUUUUGUGAGGUACUCUUCUUUCGGCUUCAAACCAAAAGUACAUUGUUGCUUUCCUUAUUGUUUGAUGCUUUGUGUAAUGGUUCCUUUGGGACCAUAAUGUACAACAAGACUCAUCACAAUGAGAAUCGAGAUUUGGAGAAUUCAACAUCACGAUAUAUGGUGACUAUUUCUAUAGUUGAAGACUUUGAAGGAUGGUGUAAUCUCCCCAUUUAGUUUACUCGUAUGUGGUAUCUUUAAAAACUCCUUAUGUUUGUUAUCAAACUUGUACAAGUGUAUAUCUAUAUCUCUCUAUGGCCUUGUAUUAAUAAUUUCUAUUAGGACUGCAGAUCGAGCUUUGGAUGUUGCGCUUAUCUUUGUAAUUGGUUAAGUUUAUGAAUGAAAUUUUUUGUGUUAAAAUAAAGUGCGAACAUUCAAAAGUUCCGUUUAUUCAUUCAUAAGCUAUCAAGACCCUACUACUAUGUCAAGACCACAUUCACCUUCCCACCAAUUGACACAGAAACAUAAAACUUAAAAGAACAAGUACAUGUUAUUGAGCAAUGUGCUUCAUGGAUACCACAUACAUCUCCUUCAAAGAGGCUGUUGGACUAAGAUAUUCCUACCGAGUUAUGGAUUAGGAAAUACUAUAAUGUUUAAGAGUUAUCUAAGCAUUAGAUAAUGUGUUUAGGAUUUAUAUUUCAAUAUAUAAAGAGAUACCAAAGUGUGGUAUAACUUAUGAAUUCUAUGAAGUUUGAUAGCUUUAGUUUUGAGUGGUUUUCUAAAGCAUUGAAAAAUUAAUAAGAGGGUAAUUCUUAUUAAGUUUGAUUGAGAUUCAUAUUCAAAAUUCUAUAGAGGCUACAACAAAAUCGGCUUUCGAAAGCCUGAAGAGUUCGCUCGUUAGUGAUCAAGUCAUUCUCUUUUGAUCCACAUAAGAUAUAAUGUUCACAACAAAAACAACUACAAUGACUCAGUCGUCCGACCAAUCUCGAAAAUUUAGUUAUAAUUACGUUUGGUCAUUUUCUUUUACUAAUGCUAACAGAUUUAAUAUUAUCCAUAUACAAUAUGUAAUUAUUAUUUCAUUAAUAGAUAUUAUUGGGUCCUUUUGGAAUCAGUUAAGGGGGCGUCAUAUCAUCUAUCUCAUCUAACAUCAACCAACAAAAAAUCAAUUACGAAAACCAACCCAUCACAACAAGAGAUUUGACAUUAUUCAUAAUUCGUACGAAGACAUUGAACCAAACCAAAUUUGUUGGACCAAAUUGACUGAUCGAAAGUUGUGAUCGCGUGGGGACAUAUCAACGGUCGAUAGAGUCGAAGCCACACAAAACAGACCAAUAUUGUCUAACGACAAUGACAGUUUGUAACGACACUUGAAAUUCAAGGAUAUUGCCAUAAAUUUCUUCGACAUAUAUGUCAACGAUAUAAGGAACAUCACGUAUAGUCGAAGAUGUUUGACCUUAUAAUUUGGCAUGCAAAAUAAGAGGUUUGAUAAAAACUUGAUUUAUAAUAGUAACCUUAUUAUUUGUAAUUCAUUUGUCAUGCAAAAUAACAGAUAUACUUAUGCCUCAUUUCAAUUAUGCCAGUAACAAUAAAAUAUAGCUAGGCUUCUCUUCUACAUAGUAAAUCAAUUAUAUUUUUUUGUCAACAGUAAAUCAAUUAUAUAGAUAGAGGAAAACAAACAACUAAAAGUCUUCAGAAGAAAUGUUAUAUAUGAAAGGAUAAUAACCAAUCAAAAGUAUAUUGAUAUAAAAUAUUUAACCAUAUAUUCAUCUGCAAAAGAAAACAAAAAAUGGAUGAAACUGGAUCUGGAAUGUUAAAAAUUAUACUAUAUUUCUAACUGGCUCUUAUGAGUUAUGAAUUCAGUCAAUCAUCCACAACCACAUACAUAUUCAUAAAACAAUCAAUGAACUAGUUGCAAAAAAAUGGCACCUCCCUUAUAUCUCUUUCAAAAUCAUUAGGAGAUGUUAGAUUAUGUGGUUGGGACAAACGGGCCCUACAAAAUGUCGCACAGCUUCAGCUACAAUUAAACAUCUAACUUGUCAAUGUUCCAAAAGCUUCACACCCAGACAACGAACACUCUUCACCUUAUGAGAACAUUUCAUUAACUAUUACCCAUACCUAAGUCCAACCUUUCACAUCGUUAUAUAAUAUAGUUCAUGUAUAAACGAAAGAUGGUCAAAUUAAUAAAUAAAAUGUAAUAUAUUGCCUUUGUCAUCGAUGAUAAUACCAAAAUCUCUAGUAAGUUAUAUUACUCUUAGAUCUGAUCUACCUUCUUUUCUGGUCCAAUUUUUAAUGACCACGAGAUCUAAGGUUGAAAUACAUAUUGCCGGGUAUAUUUUCGUUAUUAUAUGUUGAUGAUCAACUACUAUCAGUCUAUCACUAUGAUAACCAAUAAGGUUGUGGUUUGUGGAUUUCGUCAAAUAAACGAAUGGGAAAUGAAAACAAAAACUUGGCGAUUCAGCGGUAAAUAGGAUAAUCCUAACAAUGUUUCAAUGAAUUUGUAGAUUUUAAUACUUUAGAAGGAUCAUAUACGUGAAUGGUAUGACGCCACCAAACGUUGACAAAUAAUAAAAAUAGAUAAAUAGCUACAAUUUUUGAAACGGGUCGGACACAAUUAUAACUGAAACUAGAUUCUAACCCGCGCGGAAGCGCGGAUAUUAUUUUCAUUUUUAUUACAAAAUUUAAACUAAUAGUAAUGUAACUGAAUUUAUUUUAAAAAGUUAUAUUAUAUAUAAUAUAACUAAAAUAUAGGUGAUUUUUUUUUAAUUUUUGUUACAAUAAUUUAAACAUUCAUCACUAUAUAGUUUUUAUAGUCUAUUUUUAAAAUUUUCAUAUGUUCUACUAUUCUUAUAUUCUUAUAACAAUAUUUUAUGUUUCAAACAAAACACUGGGAUCUCAAAAUAUUAUGUAGAUAUGUAUACAAUAUAUAUAUAUAUAUAUAUAUAUAUAUAUCUAAGAUUAUGUAAACCAGAUAUAUUUUUCAUUCAAAUAAAUGUAUUUACUAUUUAAAUAUAUAUUAUUUAACAAACUAUUGUUAAGAUCACAUUUAUAAUAUCUACGAUGUAGGAGAAUAAUAUCCUUUUCAUUUUUUAAAAUAUCAAAUAAUAUAUUACGUUCUAGUGAAUUGGUCUAACAACUUUUUUACAAUAGAUAAAAAUAGGAUUCUAUUUUAAUAGAGUAGAUAGUGCAAGUGGAUGGUGUACAAGUUACUUAGCUUGUUAGCUUGAGCUCUUAUCUUUUAAUUUUUUAGAUGUUGGUAGCACUAUACGGAAAUGGUAGAAAAUAAUCCAAUGAAAAUCAUCUUGAGGAAAAUAUAUACUGAUAUUUUACAGUUACUGAAUUUGCUGAGUGAAGGAGCGAAUUUUAUUUUAUUUUUUUUGCCUAAUGAAGGAGCAAAAUUUGCUGACUUUGAAAUAUCGUAUAGUUGGUAAAUACGUGCACACUUGAAAGAAUCAUUACGUCUUUUCACCAACGGUUAUAAUACUGUAUAUGUUAAUUAGGAAGUAUGAUUUGUGUAGAUGCACUGAUAAUUAUCAAAGCAAGUGGUGUUGGUUGUAUGCUAUUUUAUUGUUCAAAUGGGACUACAAACAAGGUGAGUAUAAUUACAGUUUCUUUCUUGAUCGGCCUGAAGUAGCUUAAUUAUGUUAUUAAGAUUUUGUAUCAUCUGAUUUUUUGCGAGUGUGAACAUCAAAACAAAUGUAAUUUACAAGUUAAUAUCUUUAAAUAGCAUAAUAAACUCCUUUAAUUUUCCAUUAUUUAAGCGCCAGUCACGUACGUUGUGUAGAAGUCUAUGCCGUUGACCCGUUAACAUAUUAAAUUUAACAAAUAAGCCAUGGUAAUUUUACUUUCUUUUUUUUUUUAACACUAGCCAUGGUAAUUUUACUAUAUUUCGAAAAAAACGCAUAAAAAAAAAAUCUAAGACUCAAAACAUAGCUAGUUUAAAAAAAACAAAAAAAAAACAAUACCUAACAUGUGAAUUUGUUUUCCCCGAUACCUAACAUGUGGUUAAGCUGACAAAGUGACCGUUUAUUUGAAAAUUAAUGCUUUUAAUACUAGGCAGCUUCGAUGACGUUAGAAAAUGGAAAAACAAACUACUGUGUUUAUACAUGAUGUAAUUUUAAAUUAUGUCCACGCAUUUAAAUAAGAACAAAACUUAGGUGAACAUUUAGAUUCAAAUUUCUCUAAUAACCAAUCAUAUUAUCACGUAGAUUAAGAAAUAAAAAAUAUUUUAAAAAUUAAAAAAACGUAAAAAAUGUAACGUCAAUUUUAACAAUGUUAACACCGCUAACUAAACCCUAAAUCCAAACUGUAACCCUAAACAAAAACUCUAUACCCAAACCUUAUACUCUAAAAUCCAAACCUAGACCCUAAAUCCAAACCGUACUUUAAUCAAACCCUAAACCUUAAAACCUUAACCCUAGACUCUAAAUCCAAAUUCUAAAUCCUAAACUCAAAUUCUAGACCCCAAACUCAAAUCCUAGACCCUAAAUCUAAACCGUAAAUCUUAAAUCCAAAUCUUAUACUUUAAAUGUUUGGAUUAAUAUUGAUAUUAUUCUUUUAGAGUUUAAAGUUAGGAUUUAAGUUUUAGAUUUAUAAUCUACAGUUUGGAUUCAUGAUUUAAAGUUUAGAGUUUGGGUUUAGUGUCUAUAGUUUGAGUUCAUAGUCUAAGGUUUAGGUUUAGGAUUUAGUGUCUAGAAUUUAGAGUUUAGAAUUUAGAAUCUAGAAUUUAGAGUUUGGGUUUAGGGUAUAGAGUUUAAGUUUAAGGUGUAGGGUUUAGGUUUUAGAGUAUAAAGUUUAAAUUUAGGGUAUAGGGUUCGGAUUUGGAGUUUAGAUUUGGGUUUUAGGGUAUAAAGUUUGAGUUUAGGAUAUAAAGUUUUGAUUUAUGGUUACGGUUUAGAUUUAUGGUUUAGUUGGUGAUAUUAGCGUCGUUAAAAUAGUGUUAUUAUUAUUUUUUAGUUAUUUUGUGUUUUUAAAAAUAUUUAAUAUUUUUUUAUUCAUUAGGCUAUGUAACAUUAUGAUUGGUUAUUAGAAGUGAAAUGAAUUUAAAGGUUUAUCUUAGGAGGUAAAUCUAAGUUUUGCUUUUUUAAAUAAACCUAUUGAAAAUUGUACUACUUAAAGACUAUCAUUUUAAAGACUAUCAUUUUAAAAUUUAUUUCCUCGUUAUAAAAAAAAGACACAUCAUUUUAAAAUUUAUUUUCUCGUUAUAAAAAAAGACUUUAUCAUUUAAAAUUAUGCUUUUGUGAUACACCACACGAACCAUUUGUAAAGAAUCCAUGCCAUAUUGGUGUCGGCAUGUGAGACUCCCGAGUAGUGUGGCCUAGAGUCGCGUGACCGUUUUUAUUGCUUACCACCCAAAGAUUAUGCCUCAGCGGUUAUUGAUUCAACAUCGCAUUAAAUUGAACCACAACUCUAUAGGUAGAUAAGUAAAAAGUUCUAGCAAAAAAUAUAAAAAUACAAGCGGUGGACUCUCAACUUUACAACUACAAUUCAUGCUUAAGCUGCAUGUGUACUGGUUUCUUUCUUGGACUUUUAAAUAGAAAAAUAUAGAAAGAAACAGAACACUUUAGUCUACUUCAUUAUAAAUGAUACUAUAUUGGUAUGGUGUUUGUAUGAUUCAUAUGGUACGGGAUUAAUAUGCUACUUUUUCCCAAACUGUUUACUGUUAAGUCCACUGCAAAGAUUAUGAUUAUGUGGAUAAAUCCAAAUCAAAACUUAAUAGUGAUUAAUAUCGAUGGUGUCCCUGAUGUAGUGAGGAGCAUGAUUUGAUGCAGCGUGGCGGAGUGGGUAUGAUAUUGGCUUACGUCUAAUCACUUUUCAACCUUUGUUAUCCAUGCUUCUAAAUCCGAAACACACCUCUAAUCAAACCCAUCGAGAUCGAUUAUAAACCGGACUGAUUGUCAUUUUUGGUUUGAACCGAAUAAAAUUUUGUAAAAUUCAAACACUCCUUAAAGUUCAGACAAUACUUAACAAAACCAAUGAUCCAUAACAAAAACAAAAAAGUUGAUCUAACUAAUCUCGAAUAGUUUAUAAUUUAUUAUAUAAUACCUAAUAUAUAAAUAGAUUUCAUAUUAAGGCUCCGAAUAGUAACAUUAGUUCUGCACCGCACCGCAUUCAACAGUAAUAAAAAUCUCUACAUAUACCAUAUAUCUAUACAUUUUUAUAACUGUCAGAACCGUACCGCAGUCAAAUCGCUUGUUCCGUACCGCUCAAUUCGCUGUUACCAUUCGGAGCCUGACAUACUACGGUUUAACUUAUUCGGUUCUAAGAUUAGUUGAUAGCAUUUUCUCCAUAAAUGCAGCAUUAUGAUGUAUUACCAGUGUAAAUAUAGCAUAAUUUAAAACUUCCAUGUCAAAAAUUUCACCAUAUUUAAUUUUGGUUGUCAAUUCUAGCCUAUCAGUUAGUAUUAUAUAGAUUUUUUAAAAGAAAUUAAAAAAUUAUCUAAGACGUUUUAAGCAUAUGUCAAUUCAGUUCACUUGACAUUUAUUCUUAAAAAAGAUUCAAAACAGUUGAUUAUUCGAAAACAAGUAAAUAUUUAUGAACAGAUUCUAAAUAUAGUAAAUACUGUGUGAUUAAUGUUAUAAUUUGGUGUUUAUUUCCAUAAUUUACGCAUGGGUCCUACGUGUUUCCAAGAAAAUCAGAGCCGUGAAAGAGAACUCAACAAAAGUGUAAACCGAUCAGAAAGGUAUCUGAUGCUGAUUUAGAUAAUUAAAGAAUCUCAACGAAGAAAUUCUUUUUUGAAGAUUUUAAUCAUCAAAUGAACUAGUCGAUGAAGUCAUUAGAGAUUCGAAUUAUUUUUAAUAUUUUUCGUAAAAUACUAAAUCAAACCAAAAAUAAAUACUCCUAGAAAGGACAACUCGUAGGACCCACCAAUAAAACUUGCUAUAAAUACACGAAGCUCCUUACUUUGAUCAACGAAGCCUCUCUCUCUCUCUUUCUUUAUCGUCUAUCAUCUUUUUUCAGUUUGCCUUCAGACAUAUCUGAAACCCCAUAACUCAUAAAGCUUACUCAUUUUGCCAUAACUCUCACUUCCUUUUUCCAAAGAAAAAAAACAAAAAUGGUCGACGUUGAUCGGAGAAUGACCGGUCUCCGGCCAUCACACGCGGCGGGCCUCCGUCGUCUCUCAGCUCGGGCCUCCGCACCAACGACUCCAAGGGUCAGGAACAGUCUCGUAUCUUUCUCAUCUCUCGCCCACCAAGUAAUCUCACAUUUACACACUUCAAGGAUCCAAGUCCAACCGGGUCUAACCGACGCAGAGUUCGCCAGAGCCGAAGCCGAGUUCUCAUUCUCCUUCCCGCCGGAUCUCCGCGCCGUUCUCGCCGCCGGCUUACCCGUCGGAGCAGGUUUUCCAGACUGGCGUUCUCCCGGAGCUCGUCUCCACCUCCGAGCCAUGAUCGAUCUUCCAGUCGCCGCCGUGUCGUUUCAGAUCGCGAGAAACACUCUCUGGAGCAAAUCUUGGGGCCCGAGACCGUCUGACCCGGAAAAGGCCUUACGGGUCGCGAGAAACGCUCUCAAGAGAGCUCCUUUGAUGAUUCCCAUCUUCGAUCACUGCUUUAUUCCUUGUAAACCGUCUUUAGCUGGUAACCCGGUUUUCUACAUCGACGAGACCCGGAUUUUCUGUUGCGGGUCGGAUCUAUCCGAUUUCUUCGAGCGUGAGUCUGUCUUCAGAGGAUCCGGUUUGUCUCCGGUUGUUCUCACUAAGCAGCGUUCUGUGAGCGAGAUAUCCGCCGUGUCCUCGUCCUCGUCGAACUUCUCUAGAAUGAGCUUAGAUUCGGGUCGUGUUCACGGGUCGGGCACACCGAGAUGGGUGGAGUUUUGGAGUGACGCGGCGGUGGAUCGUCGCCGGAGAAACUCGGCUUCUUCGAUGUCGUCGUCGCACUCUUCAUCGCCGGAGAGAUACUUAGACUUAACGAGAUCCGAGACGCCGAAAUGGGUGGACGAGUACGUGAACCGGAUCGGGUCGGUUUUAAGAGGAGGCGGGUGGAGCGAAUCCGACGUUGAUGAUAUCGUCCACGUGUCGGCAUCUGGUUUCUUCGAGGAUGAGAUGGUAAUUUUAGAUAAUCAAGCGGUUUUAGAUGCUUUGCUUCUGAAAGCGGGUCGGUUCUCGGAAUCGCUCCGUAAAGCUGGAUGGAGCUCCGAGGAAGUGUCGGACGCACUGGGUUUUGAUUUUCGACCGGAGAAAGAGAGGAAACCGGUGAAGAAACUGUCUCCUGAAGUCGUUAAAAGAAUCGGGAAACUUGCCGACUCGGUUUCUCGGUCAUGAUAAUACUCCCCGACGAAAUUUCUUUUUCUUAGAUCAAAAAUACCGUAAUAGAUUAUAAAGUUUUCAAAAGGUUUUAGAUAUUUGUAAUCUUUUACCCCCCACCCUAUAUUUUGUUAGUAGGCAAAAAGAAAAAAAUCAUGGUUCUCAAAAUACGCUGAAUAGUAAUAAAUAAAUCUGGAAUUUGUACAUUAA